UCGUGCGAUGUGGUGAUGCAAUUUUGUGCAGUCGAAUUGGAAUUGCCGAAUUUAGAAUCUUAAAGAAGACUUAAAGUAUAGUAUUAAUAGUAAAGUAAUCUUAAGGUACUUGGAGUUAAGUUAAGAGAUGGCGGAGAAGAAGGUGCAGCAGAUCCAGAGGGUUCCGGAAACAAUUGACUUCCCCAAGGAGGAGGAGAGAAUCCUAACCUUAUGGAAACAGUUGGAUGUCUUUCAUACAUGCUUGAAACAGUCGAAGGGAAAGCCCAGGUAUUCUUUUUAUGAUGGCCCACCCUUUGCGACUGGUUUACCUCAUUACGGACACAUCUUGGCUGGUACCAUCAAGGAUGUGGUCACCAGGUACGCCCAUCAGCAAGGUUUCUAUGUGGAAAGACGAUUUGGUUGGGAUUGCCAUGGGUUACCAGUCGAAUUCGAAAUUGAUAAGACUUUAGGCAUCAAAGGACCAGAGGACGUGAUGAAGAUGGGCAUUGAUAAAUAUAAUGCAGAGUGCAGGAAGAUCGUCACCAGAUACGUGAACGAAUGGGAGGUGAUCAUGGGUCGUAUUGGAAGAUGGAUUGAUUUCAAAAAUGAUUACAAGACUUUGUACCCAUGGUUCAUGGAGUCCAUAUGGUGGGUGUUCAGCGAGUUGUACAAGAAGGGAUUGGUGUACCAGGGGAAUAAGAUCAUGCCUUAUUCGACGGCUUGCAACACGCCGCUAUCGAAUUUCGAGUCCGGGCAGAAUUACAAGGACGUGGUGGAUCCUUCGGUGACGGUGAAGUUGCCUAUUGUCGGGGAUAAGGAUGGGGCGUGUCUGCUGGUAUGGACGACCACGCCUUGGACGUUGCCAAGCAAUUUGGGGGCGUGCGUUCAUCCCGUUCACAAUUACGUGAGAUUGAAGCAGAAGAGCAGCGGGGGCGUGUACAUCGUGAUGGAAGCGAGGGCGGAGCACAUUUUCGCCGCCGACGAUUACGAGAUCCUCUCCACGUUCCCGGGAGCGCAAUUGAAGGGCUUGCAGUACACUCCGAUCUUCGAGUAUUUCACGGAGAUGAAGACGAAGGGCGCCUUCUUCGUGCUGGUGGACGAGUACGUCACGCAAGAAUCCGGUACCGGAAUCGUCCAUCAAGCUCCGUACUUCGGAGAAGACGAUUACAGGGUGUGCCUGGCGCACGGUGUGAUCAGCAGGGAUCAGGAACCUGUCUGUCCGUUGGACGCGAGCGGUAAGUUCACUAAACCCGUCCUCGAUUUCGAAGGACAGUACAUAAAGGACGCCGACAAGAACAUCAUCGCCGCGUUGAAGGCCAACGACAGGCUGUUCCAUCAAGGACAGGUGAAGCAUAGUUAUCCGUUCUGCUGGCGCUCCGACACGCCCCUCAUCUACAAGGCCGUCCCCUCGUGGUUCAUCCGCGUCGAACACAUGACGGAUAAGCUGCAGGAGGCCAGCGCUGCCACCUACUGGGUGCCCGAUUUCGUUAAAGAAAAGCGAUUCGGUAAUUGGUUGAAGGAGGCGCGCGAUUGGGCGGUGAGCAGGAACAGGUAUUGGGGAACGCCCAUUCCCAUCUGGAUCUCGGCCAGCGGCGAUGAGAUCCGAGUCGUGAGCAGCAUCGCCGAGCUGGAGGAGUUGACCGGCACUAAGAUCACCGAUAUUCAUCGCGAGAGCAUCGAUCAUCUGGAGAUACCGUCGAGGAUAGCAGGGAAUGCACCGUUGAAGAGGAUCUCCGAGGUGUUUGACUGUUGGUUCGAGUCCGGAUCGAUGCCGUACGCUCAGCAGCAUUAUCCGUUCGAGCACGUCAAGGAGUUCGAGGAGGCGUUCCCAGCCGACUUCAUCGCCGAAGGAAUCGAUCAAACCAGAGGAUGGUUUUACACGUUGCUGGUUAUUUCGACGGCGCUCUUCGGGAAGGCGCCGUUCAAGAAUUUGAUUGCUAACGGUUUGGUGUUGGCCGGGGACGGACAGAAGAUGUCCAAGAGGAAGAAGAAUUAUCCGGAUCCGCUGGAGGUUGUGAACAAGUACGGAGCGGACGCCCUCAGGUUGUACCUGAUCAAUUCACCGGUCGUCAGGGCAGAGAACCUUAGGUUCAAAGAGGAAGGUGUGAGGGAUAUCAUCAAGGAUGUUUUCCUGCCUUGGUACAACGCCUUCAGGUUCUUGAUGCAGAACAUCGAGAGUUACGUGCAGGACAACGGCAUCCCGUUCAAGUACUCGGAGAAGCAAGUGAGCAGCAGCAGCAACAUCAUGGACAGAUGGAUACUCUCCUUCACGCAAUCGCUGUUGGAGUACGUCCGCAAAGAGAUGGCUCUGUAUCAUCUGUACAACGUGGUGCCCAGAUUGACCAAGUACAUCGAUUACUUGACCAACUGGUACGUGCGUAUGAACCGCAAAAGGUUGAAGGGCGAAGGCGGCUUGGAGGACUCGAAGCAGGCGCUGAUGACCCUCUUCAACGUGCUCUUCAACAUCGUCAAGAUGAUGGCUCCGUUCGCACCUUUCCUCGCCGACAAUAUGUACCAGUACCUGAAGAAACUGACGGAUUCGGAGGGCGACAGCGUGCACUACCUGAUGCUGCCCGAGGCCGAUCAGAGUUUGAUCAACGUGGACAUCGAGAGGGCCGUGUCGCGCAUGCAGAGCAUCAUCGAGUUGGGACGUGUGAUCCGCGAUCGCAAAACGAUUCCCAUCAAGUAUCCUCUUCCCGACGUGGUGAUCAUCCAUCAAGACGACAAGUACAUAGAAGAUGUCGUUUCUCUGGAGCAGUACAUCCUCUCCGAGCUGAACGUGAGAAAGCUGACGACGACCACCGACAAGAGCAAGUACGGUGUGACGUUACGCGCCGAACCGGAUCACAAGACUCUAGGCCUGAGACUUAAGAACGACUUCAAGAAGGUCACGGCUGCUAUCAAGGCCCUCAACGACGCUGAAAUCAAUGAGACAGUGACGAAGGGCUUCAGGAUGAUCGAAGGUCACCGGGUGGAAAUCGGAGAGCUUCGCCUGAUCUUCAAAUCCGACGAAGUCACCUCCACCAAGUACGAAGUGCACAGCGACAACGACGUGCUCGUCCUCUUGGACGUCACCCCGGAUCAAUCGAUGCUGGACGAGGGAAUCGCCCGCGAGAUAAUCAACAGGAUCCAAAAACUACGCAAGAAGGCCCAUCUAGUUCCAACUGACGAAAUCGUCGUUUACUACAAGACCGAGAACGAAAUCGAGCGCGUUUCCAACGAGUACAACGGAUUCAUCGAGGAGGCGAUCAAGGCACCCUUCAAGGUAACCACCGCUCGUCGCCCCGAAGAUUCCCUCAUCCUCGAGGAGACGCAGAAGUUGAAAGACUGCAACCUGCACAUCGUCCUCACGAAGAUCUCCAACGUGACGACGCCAACAGUGAAAUGGGUGAACGUGCAGCUCGUCGAUCUCGUCCCGAGGUACGGAAUCACCUCCACCAAAGGCUUGGUACUCCUCGAAGGCAAAAAGCCCAUCACCCACGAGCAGUUCGUUAAAGAAGUCUGCACGAUCUUUGGCGUUCCCGUUGGUUUCGAGCUCGUCUCAGCCUCCGGCUCCAAAAUCACCAACAGCAAGGAACUGUUCGCGUGCAGCGGUAAAACCGUGUUCGCCCUGAAGCAGGCAUCCGCGAAGCUGGUGGACUACAGCGAACCCUUCUGCAAAGUGAAGAAUAUUCCAGGAAAAGGAAAAGGUACUUUCAUCCUGGAGAAUCCAGCGGGCGUACCGAGAAAAACAAAUUGUUAACCCACAAUUACUUUAAUUUCAAUCGUUUUGCAAAACAAUAAA